AUGCCAGCAACCAUGGCCGGCAUCAUGCGGGCCAUCUUGGCCUGCGUCCCCGCCGCGCCAUCCUCCACCGGCGACGGCUCCCUCUCCGCUGCCUUCUCCUCGACCUGCCCCGGCGGCGGCGGCGAGGAUCGCAUCAGCCGCCUCCCGGACGCGCUGCUCGCCGACAUCGUCUCCCGCCUCCCCGUCAAGGAAGCCGCGCGCACCGCAGCGAUCUCCCCGCGCUGGCGCCGCCUACGGCCAUCGACGCCUCUUGUCCUCGACGACACCGACAUCUUCGAUGACUUCGCCGAAGCCGACGACGACGACGACGGCGACACCUUUGGCCUCAUCGACUGGCGCGCCCUCACCAAUACCCUCUCCCGCAUCCUCUCCGGCCACCCGGGACCCUUCCGCUGCGUCCACCUCACCACGGCUUGCAACUACGCGUCCGCUCGCGGCGGCAGUGCGCUCGUCCGCUGGCUCCACCUCUUCGCCGCCAAGUCCAUCCAGGAGCUCGUCCUCAUCAACUUCCCCAACUGGCCCUUCAAGAACACCCUCCCUGCGGAGAUCCUCCGCGUCGCCUCCCUCCGCCGCCUGUACCUCGGCCUCUGGGACAAGUUCCCGGACACAAAUGACCUUCCCAGCGGCGCCCACGUCUUCCCGCACCUCGCCGAGCUCGGCUUCUGCAAAACCGACAUCAAGACCAAGGACCUGGACCGCCUACUUCAGUGCAGCCCCGUCCUGGAGAAGCUCGCGCUCAUCCUCUGCUACGACACGCCGCGCAACGUCCGCGUCCGCAGCCGCAGCAUCCGCUGUGUGCUCUUCUGGAUGUCCCUCGCGGACGCGCUAGCCGUGGUCGUCGCCCCGUGUCUCGAGCGCCUCAUCCUGUGGAACGACUGCCCUGGUGCCUGGCUCGGCAAGGACUUUCGCACCAGAGUCAAGAUUGGCUACGCGCCGGAGCUCAAGGUGCUCGGCUACUUGGAGCCAAGCUUCCAUGUGCUCGAGAUCGGCAACACCGUCAUCGAGUUUGGCACAAGGCCCAGCCCCACCACCACCAUUCCAAGUGUCAAGAUCCUGGCAUUAAGGGUGCGAUUUGGAGUGCGCAAAGAGGCUAAGAUGCUGCCUACCUUCCUCAGAUGCUUCCCCAAUGUCGAGACAUUGCAUGUCAUGUCUGCUGAAGCUGAUGAGCCCACUGGCAAGCUGAAUUUCAAGUUCUGGCAUGAUGUCGGACCCAUCAAAUGCCUGCAGUCACACACCAAGAAGGUGGUGUUCAAGAACUUCCGAGGGAACCGGAGCGAGGUCGUGUUCCUCAGGUUUGUCAUGGAGAGAGCACAGCUUCUGCAAAAAAUGGUGGUCGUGUUGGCAGAUGGAGACCCUGCUUCAGAGGAGAGGGUGGCGGCCAAGCUGAAAACUUUGGCUUGCAGCACCAAGCGUGCCAGCAGAGACUCAAAAUUCUCAAUCUUGGUGCGCAGCAGUGGGGGCAGUGAUUGGAGCUUCCGCGCAGCGUCCAAUCUCUCCAAGAGUGACCCAUUUGAUAGCUGA